AUGAAUAGCUUACAGUUAGGAUUAGUAUGUCUUUACGCGUUGGCUUUUGGAAAGCUUGCUCAUGGGCAAGCGGAGAAAGGUGAACGUUUCCUGUGUACCGCUAUACCCAUCGGGGCUGAUAGUUGCGCGGUUCCACAGGAGCCGUUGCAGACAUCCUCGGCACAAGAAGAGGAGCUGCGGAACACCGUAAUGCAGCUCCGCGAAACUAUAGUUCAGCAGAAAGAAGUCAUCGUCAACCACAUGGGCACCAUUAAGGAGUUGACAUCUAAACUAACUCUAUGCGAGUCCGCUUCCGCUGACUCCGGUUCAUGGAGGAAAAUCAAGCAGGACACGAUGGACGAUGUCCCCAGGGAUCCUAAUGACACCGUUUACACUUUGGGAAAGACCAUGCAAACUCUCAAAGACCGCCUUGAGAAUUUAGAGCAGAUGAGAGCCAAUGUGUCCGGGGCCUCCUUCCCCAACGAGCUGCGUGACCUGCUGCAGAGUCGCCUAGGCGACCUGGAGAGUCAGCUUCUGAAGAAAGUGAACGAGCUGGAAGAGGAGAAGUCGCAGCUGUACAACGAGACGGCGGCCCACCGGCAGCAGACGGAGAACACCCUGAGCGCUCUGAUGAACCGGAUCAAAGAGCUGGAGAAAGGAAACAACGGCUUCCGGACCCCCGAGAAUUUCAAGCUGUCCCUCCCCCUGCGUACUAACUACCUGUUCGGCCGUGUGAAGAAGAGCCUACCUGAGAUGUACGCCUUCACCGUCUGCAUGUGGCUCAAGUCCAGCUCCGCACCUGGUAUUGGAACCCCUUUCUCCUACGGGGUACCAGGACAGGCCAACGAGAUCGUCCUCAUCGAGUGGGGCAACAACCCUAUCGAACUCCUCAUCAAUGAUAAGGUGGCCCGGCUGCCGUUGACGGUGAAUGACGGGAGGUGGCACCACAUCUGCAUCACCUGGACCACCAGAGACGGCCUGUGGGAGGCCUACCAGGACGGGCAGAGAAUGGGCACCGGGGAGAACCUGGCCCCCUGGCACCCCAUCAAGCCAGACGGAGUCAUCAUCCUGGGCCAGGAACAGGACAUCGUGGGCGGCCGCUUCGACGCCACCCAGGCCUUCGUGGGCGAGCUGAGUCACUUCAACAUCUGGGACCGUGUCCUGCGGCCCCAGGACGUGCUGGGCAUUGCCAACUGCACCAGCUACAUGCCGGGCAACAUGGUGGCAUGGGCCGACAGCGACGUGGAGGUGUUCGGCGGAGCCACCAAAUCCCCCGCCGAGCUGUGCGAGGACCGACUCUUCAGCUCCUAGAGGGCUAAGACACACACAGAUAUUACAUUGGGUG